UAAGAGGCGUAUAAAGGCAGAGGAAUCACAGGUGUGAAGGUAGCGUAGGUGGAGCAUUGAGAAGAAGAGAGAAAACAAUGGCUUCUUCUGCUAAAAGGUGGCUUCCGCUCGAAGCAAACCCUGAAAUCAUGAAUCAGUUCCUUUGGGGACUUGGGCUUGGAGAGGACGAGGCAGAAUGCUGUGACGUUUAUGGCUUAGAUGAAGAGCUUCUGCAAAUGGUUCCAAACCCCGUUCUUGCUGUGCUUUUUCUUUAUCCCAUAACCACCCAGAGUGAAGAAGAAAGGUUGCAGCAGGAAAAGGAAAAAAAGGUGAGUUGA